AUGGUGCCAGGUGGCCGACGCCGCGAAGGCAACGUGCACAUGGACAGCAUCAGACCUGGAAGCACUUUCUCGGUCAACGUGUAUCUGCGGGUCCCAGAGGAAGCUACUGGUGGAGAGCUGCUGCUCCAUGCGGUGCAGAAGAGUGCCAUCCAGAGAUUCUUGAAUGCUCACUUCUUUGGGACCAUUGACUUGCAGAACUUCUAUCCGGAGCACACCUUCUACACCCAGGAGGUGCUGAAGAACAUCCCGCCCAUAGUCUACACCCCCCGUGUUGGUGAUGUGGUCUUCAUU